AUGAAAUGGGUUUUCAGUCGUUGGGGCAUGCACUGUAUUGUAUUGUAUUGCUGUAUUUUUAAUGAGAUAAAUUUCAUAAAUUUAGAGGGAGUGACCGCUCAAUCGAGUCUUGAAUUCAAAGUGUUCGACUUAAAUGAUUUGAUGACUUCAACUGCGUGCUUAACUGCCCGGGCACUUCAGUCUUCACAAGUUGUUGGAGUGCAAGCCAACUAUCUUCUUGUUUUAUAUGAAGAACUAAAUGAUGGUAACUCACUUUCUCAAAUUAUUUUUGGAAGAAAGUUGCUUUUGAGACUUAAGACUUUAUUAUUUAUUUUGAACUAUAGUUUCCAUGGUGGGUUAGUUAUUAAUUCACGUACGCAGAUAAAUAUCGGAAAAUUUAAGAGGUCGGAUGCUCCUCCAUUUUCAUCACUCUCUCACCUAUGUGUGAAAAAAAAAUAUGGACUAGAUUUUGGUUCACUGAGAGGCAUAUUUAUACGACCUUAG